AUGCAGGCAGUUGAAGACAAGGCCGUCUUGUCCGUAGACGGCGAGAAGCCGUUCUACAAGAACAAGAAUCUGCUCCGGCUAUACCUGCAAAUGAUUCCGGGCACGCUGAUUGUCAGCGCUACCAUGGGCUACGAUGGUUCCAUGAUGAACGGCAUCCAGGCUGUUGACCGCUGGAAUAUCUACUUCGGAUAUCCCACGGGAUCUCUGCUGGGAAUCAUGAACGCUAUUUUGCCCUUGGGAGCCGUCUUCGGUAUUCCACUCGCCGCAUAUAUCUCUGAUCACUACGGUCGACGAUGGGCUAUGACUGCGGGUGAUAUCAUCAUGAUCAUCGGAGCCAUCAUCCAGACUAGUAGCAUCAACAGUGAGUUGAGGCUCUUUUCCCUCGGACAAAGUUUGAACUUCCAGGCGAGUACUGAGAAGCGGCCUAUUACAGUUGCCAUGUUCCUUGUUUCGCGAUUCGUCAUCGGCUUCGGUCUCACAAUUGCCGGCUCCUCCGCUCCAAUGUUAACGGCCGAGCUGGCGCAUCCGACCUCUCGCACCACCAUCACCUCGAUGUACAACACACUGUGGUACGUGGGCAGCAUCAUCGCCGCCUGGGUGACCUAUGGCACGUUCCGAAUCAACAACGACUGGUCCUGGCGCAUCCCGGCCCUUCUUCAGAUGAUCCCGUCCAUUAUCAACAUCGCUGGCGUGUGGUUUCUGCCCGAGUCUCCGCGUUGGCUCAUCGGCAACGAGCGCUACGACGAGGCCAAGCAAAUCCUGAUCGACACUCACGGCGAGGGCGACCCCGACUCAGAGCUUGUUAGACUCGAGUUCGAAGAGAUCCGAGGCGCCAUCCAGGCUGAGAUGGCACUCGGUAAGCAAUCUUGGGGCCAGCUUUUCAACAGCCCCGGCAACCGCUACCGUACAUUCCUCGUCCUCUGCUGCGCUUACUUCCCGCAGUGGUCUGGAUCCGGUCUGGUUUCUUACUACCUCGCCCCUGUUUUGCGCACAAUAGGCAUCACCUCGCAAGAACGCAUCACCUUGAUCAAUGGCAUCAUCCAGAUUUGGAACAUGAUUGUCUCCAUGGUCGGUGCCAAUCUGGUUAACCGUCUCGGCCGUCGUGUCAUCUUUGUCAGCUCCACCAGCCUGAUGCUACUCGCCAUGAUCUCAUGGACCGUCUCCGGCAGCCAGUAUACUAUGUACGGGUCUGAAGCCGCUGGCAGCGCUGUGCUGUUCUCCCUCAUUUUCUUCAUGUCCGCCUACAACUUCUGCUGGAACCCCUUGUCCGUGGCCUACCCCGUCGAGAUCCUGACCUUUCCCAUCCGCGCCAAGGGUGUCUCUCUGCUGGUCGGAGCUGUCAAGAGCGCAAGCUUCUUUAACCAGUUUGUGAAUCCAAUCGGCCUUGAGAAACUGCAAUGGAAGUUUUACAUUGUUUAUUGCUCCUGGCUGGGUCUUGUAUUGGCCGUCGUCUUCUUCCUCUUCCCUGAGACCAAGGACCGUACUCUCGAGGAGAUUGCCGUAAUUUUCGAUAAGAAUUUUUACAAGACUGAAGAUGUCGAGAAAACUGUGCUGGAGGACAAGUCCAGCGAGAAGAACGGCAACCUCACCGUCGAGACAAAGGAGAAGAUCUAA